UUUGGUUGGUAACGUUAUCAUAUGUGCUAUUUUAUGUUAGAAACUAUAGCUGCAGAAAAUGACAAAACGCUAUUUAUUGACGUUGUACAAGGCGAGAAUGCUGCCCACUGGGGAUGUGCAAGGCUGUCUUCGUAAAUUGGAAACUCUCUUACGAAUCGUAAAGUACCCUGGACAUGUCGACUACAAUGGGCUUUCCAAAGGAGACCCCUCAGCCUUUCUGCCAAUAUUGAGCUUCUGUCUCACCACAUUCUCUCCACCUUUUGCUGAACAACUAAUGGCAGCUGGACUGGAGAUGGCAAGCAAAAGUGACCUGAGAUUCACUGACACACUCUAUAAGGUUCUGCGAGAUAUCUUUCACUAUAAGCCAGUAGUUUCCAAGCAGCAGUUCCUUCAGAAGGGCUUUGUGCAAAGAAAAAUGUCUACCCUUUGUGACAUCAUUGAUUUGGUCCUGAAGAGACACAGGGAUCUUAAUAAGCCCAGACUCAGAAAUCCUGUCACACACAAGGAGACAAGAGGAGCAGACCAUGCAAAAUUGAAUAUGCCAGAUACUUCUUCUGAUAUAGAGCGAAAGAUUUCUGUCAUGGAAGGUCAAGUUGAGAGUCUUCUUUGUAGUCUUCAAAGGCUUAGUACCUUGGAAGCCCGUCUGGAGGAGCUAGCGAGCAGGACAAACACAGAAAAGGGAAUGAGUCGAUCCAAAGUAUAA